UUUUACCCAGUUCAUCCUCUAAGUUCAUGAGUCGACAUGCUCCACAUGCUUGUCAUUUUUGCCUACAUUUUUAUAUUUGGUUUUAACUGUAUGUAUAUAUUUAUACAUAUUUAUCUCAUCAAUCAAAGAAAAAACAAAACAAUUAUAUAUUAGCGAAGCAAACAAUUUUACUGAGCAAAAAAUGGAGACUGCAAACGUAAUCAUCCGACAAUCAAAUUCGCCACUAAUAAGGAAACCAGUCACAUUUUAUCCUCAGUCAUGGAAUGUACGAAGGAACCAUUUGAUCUUCAGCUUAUCGAGCUGAAAGGGAGGAUAAAAGAGCACGACCAGAUCGAACCAUUCAGUGAUAUUUUAGAUGACAAUUUCUUAACUGGAUUUCUCCGUGGGAAGAAGGGAGACGUUGAUAAGACGGUGAAAUGUCUGGAACACUAUAUACAAAUGAGGACGGUCAAAUAUAAGAAUUUUACAAAAACUUUCCGUCCAUCCACGGUAAAAUUGUUGGACCAGGGUGCCCUUCAGAUGAUGAAGCAUCACGAUCCAUUGGGAAGGGUUGUAUUAUUAGUGCAAAUUAAAAAUUGGUUCCCAUCCCAAUUUCCUGUGGACGAAGCGAUCGCCGCCGCACUUUUCAUGAUGGACGAAGGAAUUCGUCACUAUUUCGCCACAGGCAAUGAGUUUGUCACGAUUGUUGACUGUGCCGGAGCAUGCCUUGCUCAGGCGAGGACAAUGACGCUGAGAAAUAUUUUCCUCAUGGUGGACAUGUUCACGAAAAAUGUUCCCAGCCGGCCGAAAGCAAUUCAUUUUGUUAAUCAUGGGUUCCUAAUUCAUAACCUGCGCCGUGUGAUAACCCCUCUGCUGGAGAAGAAGCUAAGAGAACGGAUACGAACAAAAGAUCUGGCUCAUUCCAUUUGUAAGCAACACGUUUGAUCGAGUACCAGGAAAUAGAGAUCCACUUCCAUUCUGACGUUGAACACUUGCAUGACCACAUUCCUUCAAGAAUUCUACCCUAUUCUCUCAAAGGCGAAUUAUCCCUCGAGGAUGCAAUAGAUUUAAACACUAUUCCCAGAAUCAAGAGUAGCGAUGAAUUUUAUGAAAGACUUUCCAGUUUUCAGCCAACUCGACAACACAACUCGACACGGGGAUAAAUCUAGAUCUGCUUCGUCUCGUCGACGAUCGUAAAAUUAUUUUACUAUGUCAGUGAUAUUCUAAAUAUUCAUAUUUUUAGCGAAAUAAUCGCAAUAGUUUUAAACCCAUCGAUUUGUGGUUCAAAUUAAUAAUACCAAGCUUGUAUAACUUUCUAUCCAAUUUUACAAUACUCAUUUUAUUUUUAAAUCAGUGUUCAUAAUUCGCACGGUGAUGUCUGUAAGUAAACACGAAUGUAUAUUUAACUGCUUUUAACUUUAAGCCCAGUAUCUGGACAAUAUUGUAAUAAAAUUUAUAUAAUACUCGU